AUGGACUCCUCUCCCCUGGAGAAUGGACAUCCACCCGGCACUGCACCUCGAGAUGACCGCCACCGCCUCCCCUUCCGCACCUGGAUCGAACAACACUUCUCCUGCUCCUGGUUCACAUGCACCCAAUCCACCGGCGGAAUCGCAAUCGUGAUAUCCGAAUGCCCCAAACACUUCUCCGGACAACAAACCCUUGGAACAAUCGUCUUCAUCUUCAAUCUUGUCCUUUACGUCCUCUUUACGAUCUUCAUGAUCCUGCGCUGGACGGGGAAUACGGCGAAGAUAAGAGAGUGUUUCACGAAAGCUCCGGAAUGUUAUUUUUGGGGGAGCUUUUGGUUGAGUGCUGCUACUUUGAUUAUUAAUAUGCAGAGGUAUGCGGUGCCUCACACGGGGCAGUGGAUGGUGGUUGGUAUAAGGGUGUUGUUUUGGCUCUACGCUGCCAUCACCAUCACGAAUACAACGCUACACAUCGUGUCUCUGGCACAUACGACGCCUAUGAAAGUCGUCGAAUUCCAACCCCCGAUGUUCUUAUGUGUUCUCAACGCCAUGCUCACAGGCACAAUUGCCGGAGCCAUUGCUGCCGAUCAACCUCCAGCUCAGCGUGUUCCAAUUUUGGUGGCAGGUGUCGGGUUUCAGGGACUGGGCUGGAUUGUUUGCAUGAUUUUCCUGACCUUUACGAUUGGAAAUAUUUUGGAGAAAGGCUGGCCUGCGAGGGAUCUGAGACCAGGACUUUUCAUCAUGACUGGAACAACGGGUUUCACCAUCGUUGCUUUAAUCACUUGUGCCAGGGCUUGUCCGCAAGGUUAUGGAUUCUUCGCGACACAUCCUACCGCUCCAGAAGUCUUGUUGAUUGUUGCAGUAUGGGCUGGAGUGUUCAUGUGGGUCUUCUCACUCUGGGUCUUUGGUUUGGCAUUCUUUAUCACAGUGCUCGGCGUUUUCGGAAAGGAUCCAGACCGCGGAAAAUGGGUCAUCAAUAUGAGAUUCGGUAACGUUUGUUGGAGCAUGAUUUUCCCCAAUGUAGGCUGGACCCUCAGCACAGUCUACCUUGGGCAGGAGUUGGAAAGCGAUGGAGUGAUCUGGGUGAGUGUAGCCAUGAUUCUGGCACUGAUCUCAGUCUGGCUACUAGAUCUGGUUUUGAUGUUUAAAGCCAUCGCGCGGUCUAUGUUCGUAGAUUCGCGAAUCAAGCUUAACUGA